AUUUCCAAUACAUAAAUUUUCUUGCCAGCCAAACAAAGAAACAUAAAGAGUAAAAAUUUUGAACUUCCAUUUAAGUUAGAAAUAGAAUGAGCAAGAGUCCAGGUAUCUAUCAUGACAUCGGCAAAAAAGCUAGAGAUCUUCUCUACAAGGGUUAUGCUCAACAACCACCAGUUCAUUAUCACUACGGAUACUUUAAUUGGAGUUUUGAUUUGUCGUGUCGAAUUAAUGACAUUGUGCCCGGACUCAGGACAGCUUUUAGGUUUAUCAUACCAUAUCAAAACAAGGUGGAAUUGCAAUACUUGCAUGAUUACGUUGGAAUCAGUGCAGGCGCCGGUUUGACAACAACACCCCUCCUAAAUUUCUCGGGUGUUUUAGGGAGCGGUUUUUUCUCCAUUGGUACCGACAUCUCUUUUGAUGUUGGGGCGAGGCAAUUUGCCAAAUACAACGCCGGUCUCAGCUUCAACACUGCCAUCCUCAUCACUUCCUUGACCUUGAAUGACAAGGGUGACACGUUGAGGGCCUCAUGUCACCACACGAUAAGUCCUCUAACAGAUACCGCCAUAGCAGCAGAGCUGACUCAUAAAUUCUUGAGAAAUGAGACUACGCUCACUUUUGGCACCCAACACGCGUUUUUUCCAAUUACGUUGGUGAAAGCACGCGCGAGCAGCAAUGGAAGACUAGGCGCCCUCGUUCAGCAAGAGUUGUUUCCAUCGUUCUUAUUGACUGUAGCCGGAGAUGUGGAUGUCUGGGAUGUGAUGAGGAGCGCAAAGCUCGGGCUGUCUUUGGCUUUUAGGCCUUAAAUAGAAUAAAUAUAGAAAAAAAAGUCCCUCCCUCAACAUAGAGCUUGAAGUUGCAGCCAUUUUCAGCUAGCCUUAAAUAUGAUCAGCGUGGCGUUUAAGGGCUGCAGAAGUAAGUGUUUUCACGUAUGGGAACUACCACUCUGUUCUUAAAUUCUGUUUCCAACUUUUCUUAAGCAUUAUGAUAAAUACAAUAAGUUUCAAGAAGUAGAAAUUAGCUUCUUAUCAUUUAAUAUGGUUGAAAUGUUGAUAGAUCAUUAGUGAUUUACGAAACCUUCUAUUUUUUUUUUCUUUUUUCCAAGGAAUAGCAUUUGAUUCUUUGAACAGCUUUCUGUUUCCCAAGCAUAAAGAGCAUAUGAAGAUCUGGUUUGUUUGGUA